GGUGCAAGAGGGUGAGGGGCGGAGGGGUCCAGGCGCCGGGCGCGGCGCGCGCUGCCCCAGCCUCUCCCGCCGCGGCCGCAGCCUCUUCCUCGGGUGCUGCGGCCUCGGUGGGGCCGCAUUGGGGGCUCCGGGGCACCCGCACUAUGCAGGCGGAUCGUCGGCCGCCGCGAUGGCGAGUCGGGCGGUGGUGAGAGCCAAGCGCGGCGCGCCGUGUUCCCGAGUUCGGGCCGCGGCCGCCGCCCCCGCCUGGGCCGCGCUCCCGGUCUCCGGCUCCCGUUCCCUCCCUCCGGGCUCCUCCUCCUCUUCUUCGGCGCCCUCCUCCAUGCCUCCGCUCCUCCUGCUCCUGCUGCUCCUGCUCGUGCUGCUGGACGACGCUGGAGCCCAGCAAGGUGAUGGAUGUGGACACACUGUGCUAGGCCCCGAAAGUGGAACCCUUUCAUCCAAAAACUACCCACAGACCUACCCCAACAGCACUGUUUGUGAAUGGGAGAUCCGUGUAAAGAUGACAGAAAGAAUUCGCAUCAAGUUUGGUGACGUUGACAUUGAAGACUCUGAUUCUUGUCACUUUAAUUACUUGAGAAUUUAUAAUGGAAUUGGAGUGAGCAGAACAGAAAUAGGCAAAUACUGUGGUCUGGCAUUGCACAUGAACCAUUCAAUUGAGUCAAAAAGCCAUGAAAUUACAGUGCUGUUCAUGAGUGGAAUCCAUGUUUCUGGAAGAGGAUUUUUGGCUUCAUACUCAAUUACAGAUAAGCAAGAUCUAAUUACUUGUUUGGACACCACCUCCAAUUUUCUUGAACCUGAGUUCAGCAAAUUCUGCCCAGCUGGUUGUCUCCUUCCUUUUGCUGAGAUAUCUGGAACAAUUCCUCAUGGAUAUAGAGAUUCUUCCCCAUUGUGCAUGGCUGGUGUGCAUGCUGGAGUCGUGUCCAAUGUGCUGGGAGGCCAAAUCAGUGUUGUGAUUAGUAAAGGCAUCCCAUACUAUGAAAGUUCCUUGGCUAACAACGUCACAUCCGUGGUGGGACACUUGUCUGCAAGCCUUUUUACAUUUAAGACAAGUGGUUGUUAUGGAACACUGGGGAUGGAAUCAGGUGUGAUUGCUGAUCCUCAGAUAACAGCGUCAUCAGUGCUGGAGUGGACUGACCACAUGGGUCAGGAGAACCGCUGGAAACCUGAAAAGGCUCGGCUGAGAAAACCUGGGCCUCCUUGGGCUGCUUUUGUCACUGAUGAGUAUCAGUGGCUACAAGUAGAUCUGAAUAAAGAAAAGAAAAUAACAGGUAUUAUAACCACUGGGUCCACUAUGGUAGAGCACAAGUACUAUGUGUCAGCCUACAGAAUUCUGUACAGUGAUGAUGGGCAGAAAUGGACAGUGUACAGAGAACCUGGUAUGGAGCAGGAUAAGAUAUUUCAAGGAAACAAAGAUUAUCACCAGGAUGUACGUAAUAACUUUUUGCCACCAAUUACUGCACGUUUUAUUAGAGUGAACCCUACCCAGUGGCAACAGAAAAUUGCCAUGAAAAUGGAACUGCUUGGAUGUCAGGUCAUUCCUAAAGGCCGUUCUCCGAAGACUCAACCUCCCCCUCCUAGGAACAGCAAUGACCUCACCAACACCACACUACUUCCUAGAGUAGCCAAAGGUCGUGCCCCCAAACUUACACAACCACUACAACCUCGCAGUAACAAGGAAUUUCCUGCACAGACAGAACAAACAACUGCUACUCCUGAUAUCAGAAACACUACUGUGACUCCAGAUGUAACCAAAGAUGUAGCACUUGCUGCUGUUCUUGUUCCUGUUCUAGUCAUGGUCCUUACUACUCUCAUCCUCAUAUUGGUGUGUGCUUGGCAUUGGAGAAACAGAAAGAAAAAAACUGAAGGCACCUAUGACUUACCUUAUUGGGACCGAGCAGGUUGGUGGAAAGGGAUGAAGCAGUUUCUUCCUGCCAAAUCAGUGGAACAUGAAGAAACUCCAGUUCGCUACAGCAGUAGUGAAGUCAAUCAUCUAAGUCCCAGGGAAGUUACUGCAGUGUUGAAAACAGAUUCGGCAGAAUAUGCACAGCCCCUUGUGGGAGGAAUUGUUGGUACACUUCAUCAGAGAUCCACUUUUAAACCAGAAGAAGGAAAAGAAACAGGCUAUGCAGACCUAGAUCCUUACAAUUCACCAGUGCAAGAAAUAUAUCACGCCUAUGCUGAACCACUUCCCAUCACUGGGCCUGAGUAUGCAACCCCCAUCAUCAUGGACAUGUCAGGGCACCCCACAGCCUCUGUGGGUCUGCCCUCCACAUCCACUUUCAAAGCUACAGGGAACCAACCUCCCCCUUUAGUGGGAACAUACAAUGUACUUCUCUCCAGGACUAACAGCUGCUCUUCAGGUUGGGCCCAGUAUGACACUCCCAAAGGUGGAAAGUCAGGUCCAGCUGCCCCUGAUGAAUUUGUAUACCAGGUACCACAGAGCGCCCAGGAAGUGUCCGGAGCAGAAAGAGAUGGAGAGUGUGACAUUUUUAAAGAAAUCCUUUGAAGGUGAUGCUGCUUUUACAAAGCAUCAAUUUAAAGCACAUGGCUUUUUAAAAAUUAUUAGUGGUAGUAAUAUAUAGAAUGUAUUACAUAUCUGUCACUGAAGUGGUUGGGAAAAUGUGGUGACUGAGAUACAGGAAACUACUUACCUUGCCAUCUUGCUUUAAAGGUGUUACUGUGGCACAGUUACUGCUUGCCUGUUACAUUUCAAACAUCCUGUUUGUUUACUACUGUAAAACACUAUUUUUAAUACAGAAGAAGCUCCCUAUAAUGCACUUCAGAGAAACUGAAAAUCACUGAGUAUUUAUUACCAAGCUGCAGGUACAUUAAUGAACUCAAGAUGGUUCUCUAAGCCUAAAUGGCAAUAAUGCAUGGUACUGUUUUUGAAAUAUCUAAUGGCUUGAAAUUCUCCCUUUGUGAAAAGUAGGUACCUUCAUGCUUUUCCUCCUCUUCAACUCUUUUAUUGCCUUCUGAAUUUUUUCUUUUUUUGAAAAUAAUUACUGGUCCAAGCAUUGCUUUGAGAGCAACCAUACAUACUUGUUUGUUGUUAGACUGACCCAUAGCUGGGAAAUUGAAGUCUUGGGAGAGUGUCUUUCCCUCCUGUUGUGGUACUGGAUUCCUUAUCUUAUCUCUAUUCAUUUAUCUCCAGACCCUUUGUGGCUAGCUGAGUUGUGUCUGUAAG